UUGUUCCACAGACAAAGAGAAUGGUACCCCGAUUUGCUGGCAUCGCAGAGGCCUCCAUUGACCUGAGGGCUUUCUCUGUCUCCUUGGAGAGGCCAUUGGUCAGGUCUCGGGAAGCCAUGGCUCGCCUCCCCAACCUGUUCAGCAAGAGUAGCACCCAGCUGGGGGAGCAGAGCUGCACAGGCGAGGGUGAAGACAACACCAAGCUCCUCGGGUUGCCUAAUAUUGGCAACACCUGCUUCAUGAACUCUGCUCUGCAGUGCCUGCUGGGGCUGCCAGCAUUUUGCAGAGACAUCCUGAGACAGCAGGACAUCUGGAGUUCCRCCCCCUCCUCUAAACUGCUAUG